GCGAUUCGCCCGCCGCAAGUUCCUUUCUACAUAGCAGCCACCUCUCUCACCUAGAACAACCUCCAUCUUCGCAUCACCAGUAGAUCAUUAGGUACUCGUUUUUGCUUGCUCUGUCCAUCUAUCAUCAGCCGCGACGAACCGAGACCGUCUACGGAUAAGAAAAAACACAAUGGCCGCCAAUACCAAAUACACGCCGGCGCCCACGCAGGAUCCCGACGCGGUAACCUGGUCGCAGGCUCCCCCGUCGUACCAGGACGCCGGAUCGAACAACGCAUCGGCCGGACUCUUCGGCGACGCCCCGCGCAGCAGCGAGGACAACAUCCCCGAUGACUUCAAGUUCGGCGGGUCUGUCGCCGAGGCGACCAUCGAUAUUCGCAACCAGUUCAUUCGCAAGGUGUACACCAUCCUCACGGUACAGCUGCUCACCACCGCCGUCGUCAGCGGCUUUAGUUUUUGGAGCGAUGGCUACAAGACGUGGAUUCAGUCGCACCCAGGUCUUGUCUGGGCAUCGCUUUUCGGCUCCAUGGCUUUCAUGGCUCUGACCUAUUGGAAACGCAAGUCCUACCCGACGAACUUACUCUUUCUCUCCGGAUUCACCCUGCUCGAGGCCUACACCAUCUCAGUUAUCGUAUCCUUCUACAAAACACAGAUCGUGCUCAACGCUGUUAUCCUGACUGGCGGUAUAUUCGUCUUCCUGACGCUGUUCGCUUGCCAGACCAAGUACGACUUCACUUCCUGGAUGCCGUACCUAUUCGGUGCGCUCUGGGGUCUCUUGCUCUUCAGCUUCAUGAUGAUGUUCCUUCCUAGCAGUAGCACCGGUGAGCUCAUCUACGGCGGACUGGCCGCUUUGAUUUUCUCGGGUUACAUCUUAGUCGACACCCAGCUCGUCCUCCGCAAGCACCACGUCGAGGAGGAGAUUGCUGCCGCCAUCAGCUUGUACCUGGACAUCAUCAACUUAUUUCUGGCCAUUCUACGCAUCCUAAACAGCCAGAAUAACAACUAGACAAAUUGACGAGGGUUGGGAGAAUAAUCUCGAUUGUAAUGAUACGGAUAUUAAGUUAAACACGGAAUUGUAGGCUUCCUUUCGCAGAGAGGACGGACGCAAAGGACAUUUUUGAGAAAAUCAUCUGUCCUAGACGUUAUUGCAGGGCCUAUAUUGUUUCCUUGUGUUGUUGUAUGAGUUUAGGUAAUGGCGUCUUAGGAAGUAGCAACUUGAGCUUAGUAUUAAGGGUUGCUAAAACUAGGGGCUUGGUCUGUUCCAUGGUAUAGUUAGUUACGUCGGGAUAGUCGAAUUCUCAGCUAGCAUAAAUAUCUCUUAUUCAAAGCGUCUUGAUACCUUAAAAUUACGAACAAGCAUACAGUUUACAAUCCUGGUGAUAUCAAAUUUUCGUCAGCACUGGGGAAAUGAUAUAACGA